AUGAAUUUCUCACGUUUCAUACGUUACGCUGGUUGGAACAUGUACUCUGCACACCUGAAGACCGUCUGCCUCAAGGCCGCCAACUACACGACACAAGUUCCUUUUCGUCCUGACCAGCGGAUUCCAUCGCUCCACAUUGAGCACGAUGAUAACAGCCAAGCUGUAGACGGCAAGCCACAACAAACAAAGGUGGCAGUGGACGCGAGCUCCAGUGAGCAGAUGAAUAUGGACACCGCAUGUACCAUGAACCUGGACACGGCUGCAGUACGGGCUGUUCUGUUGUAUGGCUGUGAGACUUGGCCUGCUUGGGAAGCGGAACCAAGGCGUUUCAGAUGUUUGACGACUUGUCUCAAAACUAUAGCUCGUGUGGGUGGCUGCUGCAUGUCCUCCACCUUCAGCUGCGCGUUGUGCGACGUACACUGCCCCACAAGACAACAACUGCAAGCCCACGAAGCCGGAAAACGACACAUAGCGAACUGCUUUCGGUUCUCAGUUUGUAACGGAAUUAGUGUUGUCGGACAGGAUUGCUCAUCAAUCCCAGAGCCUAAGAAGCUCACCCCAGACAAGUCUUCGCUCUCACCAUUUAAAAUGAGUAGACAGGUUCACCCUGGUGCAAGUCUGCGCUCAGAUUCGAUAGGUGACCACGAAGUCAAUUCACCUGAGAGUAAAACUCUUGGUUCUGUCGGAUCAAAUUAUUGCGAAUUCUGCAAUGUUCGUCUUAACUCAAGCGAUCAAUUACGGGAACAUCUGGCUGGGCAAAAACAUAUGAAAAAGGUGAAAAGCAGUUCUUCGGCAUCGUUGCAGAACCAUGUCGCUACGCUCACUUCAUUGCCUGAACGCUCACCAAGGACCAAUAUAACUGUAGCUCCGGAUCUUCUUGGCACGUGUAUGGAUGCAAAACACGAUUCUGCGCUCGAUCUUACGAAAUCCCGGGAUAAUGCCUCGCCCGUAAAUUCGCCAGUUGUCUGCCUGCGCACAUUCGUCGCAAACUGUCGACAAUAUUUGGGUCCGAUAUGGCCAGGCGUGACGUUUUUACAGCAUGAAGCGGACACCCUGGUUUUCGCCUCCGAACUAUCAACCGAUUGUGUUCUUCGUUUGGAAGAUCAAAACGACGGUUGGUUUCGCAUUGGUAUUCAUUUGGUCACCGCCUUGCUGACUGCUAACCGUGAAGCAUCUUCGGAUCCCACAUCGGCCAUAUGGAUCUGCUCGAAAACGGAAGUGGGUCCGGAUCGGGGUCUAUUCCGCUCUUUCCGUUUUCCGCCGACCAGUCAACGAAGUAUUCAGUGCCCAACGCUUCGAGUCGUACAACUUCCGUGUGUGAACAGCAAUCUCUUAGAAUACGACCUUAUAAUUACUGACGCCGAUCAGUUUUGCAGUCAGCUAUCAGAAACGGUUCUCAAGAGAAACCAAGUUUGCUGUAUUAUUAUUCAGGAUGCUGGUGUCUUGGCCUCGCAUUUCGGACUAUGCACAGCCCUGCAGCAAUAUAUGCAAAGCGCCCCGUUAGGUGAACGUGGAAGGAUAAUAUGUUUCUCGAGUGCUCCCCUUCCCGGUGGCUGUCUGUUCAAUGCAUUCCGAUUGGUCCACUUUUCUCCAAUCUGUUAAUCGGUGUCCAGAUUUGACUUCAAUCACUCUUACUAGCCACUCACGGGUGUUCGAACUGCGGUGUUUUCCAAUUCACAUGGUUUUAUUUCCACAUCGAGUCGACUAUUUUUUGAACAAAAUCAUGUACUUUCACCGCUCUUCCAUCCGUCGUGCCUGGUAGAAUUUUCCGCUCUCAUCUACUUCAUUUCGAUCGGUCAAGGAACCAGUGUGAAAAAAGAUCUUUUGCUUUGGGUUUUUUUGAAGUUUUUCUUUCUAGAAAAGUGUUUAUUCUCUCUACUAUUGCUUCCAUUUUGCCUUUAAACGAUAGAUUGAUCA